AUGGCCGAAGCUGAACAGCCGCUGGCUCCGGCUCGCUCGGAGAAGAUUACUCGUGAGCAAGAGCAGGACCUUAAUGAGAAUCAACUUCGCGAUCUAGGCGUUGCCAUUCCUCCAGACGGUGGAUACGGUUGGGUGAUUGUGGCUGCUUCAUUCCUGCUCAACGCCAUUUUCGAUGGCGUCAUCUACACUCAAGGCAAAGUUUUUGCUCCCGCUUGGAAGGAGAGCUUCAAUGUCAGCGACUCAGUGUCAUCCGGCGUCUUCUCACUUCUCAUCGGAUUUUACUACGUGUCGGGACCGAUCGCUUCCGCGUUCUGCAAUGUGUUCGGGUGUCGCAAAGUAGCCAUCUUUGGAGCCCUUCUCGCCUGCGUCGGAUUCAUCUUCUCGAUGGCAGCGCCGAACGUCUUCGUGUUGUACCUCACAUUCUCGGUUAUAUCCGGAACUGGAUUCGGAUUCAUGUAUCUUCCAGCCAUCGUCGUUAUCUCGCAAUACUUUGCCAAGAAGCGCUCGAGUGCAACGGGAAUUGCCGUGUGCGGAUCCGGAAUUGGUACCACCAUUCUCGCAAUUGUAAAUGAUCCAGUCUUCGGAUUUGUCUCCAACGAUUGGCGAAUGUUCUGUCUCUUUCCGGCCAUCCUUUCGUUCAGUGGAAUUUUCGUCGCCCUAUUCCUCAGUCCGGUUGAAGUGAAACAGCAUCAAGAGACGCCCCAGAUCACCAUCGAUCAAGAGCCGGUAGUUGUUGAGGAGCAGGACCUCGCCGCUUCGCAGAAUGACUUGAUGCGAGAUAUUUCCGAGAACGUUGAGCAAAUCAACCGACCGCUUUCUCAUCUCGACGUCUUCUAUCCGGCAUCGACGACUACCAUCGAGGCUCGCAGUCGCGCCAAUUCGAUCGAUGGUCGCAACAACUUGGACAAACCCGAUAUUAACGAAACAACACUUCUGGUGCAUUUUGAAACGCACAAGGAUAUCAAUAAUAUCUCGAAGAAGAAGAAGCCCGUCCAUAUCCAAGUUUUUGAAUCGAUCAAGGAACUCGGCGACAAAGAUCUUCUCGGAUCAAUCACCUUUUUGCUUCUCGCGUUUUCUGGAACCUUGACACUGAUUUGCUUCUACGUUCCAUUCAUGUUCAUCGGAUUGAUUCUUGAUCAGAUCCCUGGAAUUACUACCGAAGCAAAAGCUUUCAUUAUUUCAUUCAUCGGAGUCUGCAACAUCGCCGGGCGUAUCGGUUGCGGAUACAUAGCCGAUCAUCCGCGUGUCAGCGCAUUGGUUGUUAAUAAUGUGGCUCUUGUUGUCGCUGGUCUCGCCACGAUGGCUGUCCCGCACUUCACCGCAUAUUGGCACUUCGUCGUCUAUUGUAUCCCAUUCGCCUUUGGUAUCGCCGUGUUCGCCGCUCUUCGCUCAGUGAUCUGCGUUGAGCUUCUCGGCGUCGAGAAUCUCAACAAAGGAUUCGGCUUCAUGAUGUUCUUCAUGGGAGUUGGCGCUGUGGUGGGUUCGCCAAUGGCCGCUUACAUCAGAGAGCUUACUGGCAGCUACAAUAUCUCGUUCUACGUGAUGGGAUCGAUUAUGGCGAUUAGUGGACUUAUUUGCAUUCCGCUUGCGAGAAUUCGUCAGUGGGAACUUCGCCGCGCUCGUCUCGCUGAAACGCGCGGAACCGAAAUGCUGCAAAUAAACGCUUAA